AUGCGAGACUGCCAAAGCUUCAAUGAUGCACUGUUAGCCAAGAUAGGAUGGAGACUGUUGAAUAAUCCUAACUGCCUGCUGGGAAAACUUCUGAAGGGCAAGUACUUUGCUGACUGCUCCAUCUUACAAGCCACAGAAGCAUCGGUUAUGUCUCACGGCUGGCGUAGCAUUUUGAUAGGGCGUGAUCUUCUGCUAAAAAACAUGGGAUGGACUGUGGGGGAUGGAGUGUCCAUUAAUAUUUGGCAGGAUCCCUGGCUUUGUUUAAACAAGCAGGAAAGACCUAUGGGCCUGCCUUCAGAACAGAGUGUUGACCUCUGUGUUGCAGACUUGUUAGUCGAUGGUGGUAAGCACUGGGAUCGUCAAAAAUUACAACUUCUACUCCCGGCAUAUGAAGAAAAAAUUCUCUGCAUCAAACCGAGUCUAACAGGCGCUCAAGAUAAGUUAAUCUGGUUAGGCACAAAGGGAGGAGAGUACUCUGUUAAGUCUGGUUACUAUGUAGCCGUAGAAGAAGAGCCGGAUACUAGGAGAAAUGAUGCAGGUUUUAACUGGAAGAGGAAUGUCUGGGCUCUGGACUGCGCCCCGAAGGUGAAGCUCUUUGCCUGGAAACUACUUAAAGGUGCUAUUCCCGUAGGCGAGCGGCUGCUCGAAAGACACAUAGAAGUUGAUCCGAGAUGCAAAAAGUGUGGAAACAACGAAUCUAUCACUCACCUCCUCUUCCAAUGCCAGUUUGCUCAAAAGGUUUGGCAGCUAGCCCCUUUACUUCCUGGUAUGGACUCAAGUGGAAUGUUAGAUUUGAUGGUGGUCUGGCCUUCAAUAUGUAACCAAAAAAGUCUCCUACCUGCGGGGAUUGUUAAUGGAUCGGUGGUACCAUGGGUCAUGUGGUCGUUAUGGAAAGCUCGCAACCGGUUAGUGUUUGAAGGAUUCUCCGCCUCGCCUGAGGAUACGCUAUCUACAGCUAUCAGAAUGGCUCGUGAAUGGAGCUUACAGAGCAAACCAGAGAAACCGGACACUUCAAGGAGCAGGAAACCGGAGAUGAUAGCCCCAACUGGUACGAGGAUAGUGCGCUCUGAUGCUGCGUGGAGUGCGUCUAGUUUGACUGCCGGAGCUGGCUGGGUCAUCCUUUCUUCCCCACAGAACAUGACUUUUCAACAACACCUGGAGUUUGUAGCAUCGCCUCUAAUGGCAGAAGGUCUGGCCCUCCGUGAAGCGGUCCUAACCUGCCAGCGACUGAAGCUGCAACAUAUCAGAUUUGAGUCGGAUUCUGCUCAACUAAUCAAGUGCCUUCCUUCAAAUGAAACGAUUGCAGAGUUGCAUAGUGUAGUCUUUGAUAUCCUGAAGCUAUCUGAGUUUUUUGAUUCAGUGUCUUUUGUUUGGUUACCUCGUGAGAGGAAUGUAGAAGCCGAUGCCUUGGCUAAAGGAGAUUUAGCUCUGUUUGAACCCUUAGUGGUUGGUGAGAUUGUUAAUGCUCCCAACUAA